UUAAUUAAAAGAAAAUUGGAUGUAAAAAAAUUAGUAGAGUAGUCCUCAAUAGUAUUAUAAUCUCUUUUAACAUUUCUCAGAUGGUGAUAGCGGUCCUGACAUGUUUGGUCCUAUUUUUUGGAUGCGCCUGCGCAACACCGGCAGAUGAACCAGCGGAGACUGGGAAAGGAAUUUCAACUAAAGAUCUACAAAGCAAUGACCUAAAUACUGACGCUAGCACAUAUUGGAGCGGAUAUCCUGGUGGUAGCCAUCACAAUCACGUGGUUGGAUAUGGUGUAAUAGACGACAAAUACACUCCGUACAACAACGGUGGGUACGAUUACAGAGGAUACGACAGGGGUUACCAAGAUUACAACGGUUAUGGGGGCUACGGUAGCAAUGGGGGAUACGGCGGAUACAAAGGGUAUGGAGGGGGAUAUUCUGGAUACAACCAUGGUGGACACAGUUACGACAUAAACUCACUGGCGGGUAACGGAGGCUACGGCGGUUACGGCGGUAAUGGUGGACUCAAUUCAUAUUACGGUUACAACAGUCCUGCAUAUCAAGGUGGACAUCUCGGAUAUGGAUAUUAUAAUAAACACAGGAGCUAUGGAAAUAUUUAUAAUAGCGGCAUCACACCAAGCCUCGUAACAGGCUACAGAGGUUAUUCAAGAAGAUAAUAAUAAUAAACACUUUGGAUUAUCAUUCUUGUUAUGGGGUCGGAUUUUAAACAAAAGGUUACGGCACUCACAAUUGAAUCGAACAAAAAACAACUUAUAUAUUAAGUUUUCAUAGAUUACUCGAUACGGAAAGGUGA